AUGACAACAAAAAAAAUACAUAUUAACAUUCUAUAAACUACUAAUGAUUUACCAACAAAAAGAAAAAUAGAAACUGAUAAAUAAUCUAAAUACAAAUAUAAUAAUUAAAAACCUAAAGUAUCAGAUUUUAAUGAUUAUGGAUAAUAGAAAAAAAGAGAUUGGAAAGAAUAUUAUGAAAAAUAAUUAUUAGAAAUAAAAUCUUUAUAUCCAAAUUCAACUCAUAAUGAAUUAACAUCUAUAAUUUCUAAAAAAUGGAAAAAAGCAAAAAAGAAUUUUAAAUAUUUUGAUUAAUUAGCAUAAUAAAUAAAAAAGGAACAUAUUAAUAAAGAAAGUGAUUAAAUACUUAAUCUAGAUGAUAAUUUAUAAAUUAUAUAAAAUAAUAAAGAAUCAGAUUAAUUUAUAGAUAAAUUAAAAUCUAGUUCUUUAAAAUUGAUUUUUUGUAAUUAAGUAUUUGAAAUGAAAGGUUAAUUAAUAAUAGAUGCUAUAAAUUAAAAUAGAUUAAUAAUAUAUCUUAAUAAUCAAAAAGAUGAUUAAAAUACAAAAUAAGAAGAUACAAAUAAAUGUUUAUUAUCAAUAAAAGAUAUUUAAGAUUAAAAUACAGAAUAAUAAGAGGAUGAUAAUGAUAAUUUUUAAAUAGUUAAUAAUAUUAAGAAUUAUUUAUGA